UGGCGUCUGUGAGAACUUACGGAAACUGGAGAUCACAGGAGUGUCCUGUCGAGAUGUCUAUGCCAAACGUAUAAAUCCACGAGUGAAGUCGGGGCGUUUUAUGAAAAUCCUUCCCGACUACGAACACAUGGAGUACAGAGAUGUUUACACCUGCCUGCUGCACCGAUACCGACACAUCUUGGGACUGUGGCAGCCAGACAUUGGGCCGUACGGGGGACUGCUGAACGUGGUGGUAGAUGGCUUGUUUAUCAUUGGCUGGAUGUACUUACCCCCUCAUGACCCUCACGUGGAUGACCCAAUGAGGUUCAAGCCCCUUUUCCGGAUUCACUUAAUGGAGAGGAAAAGUGCGACUGUCGAGUGUAUGUACGGCCACAAGGGGCCCCACAAUGGCCAUAUCCAGAUCGUAAAGAAGGACGAAUUCUCCACGAAGUGCAACCAGACAGAUCACCAUCGAAUGUCAGGAGGAAGGCAGGAGGAAUUCCGGACGUGGCUGAGGGAAGAAUGGGGCCGGACUCUGGAGGAUAUCUUCCAUGAGCACAUGCAAGAGCUCAUCUUGAUGAAGUUCAUCUACACCAGCCAAUACGACAACUGCUUGACGUACCGACGCAUCUACCUCCCUCCUAGCAGCCCUGACGACCUCUUAAAGCCAGGUCUCUUCAAGGGAACUUACGGGAGCCACGGCUUGGAGAUUGUCAUGCUGAGUUUUCAUGGGAAGAAAGCCAAAGGGACUAAAAUAACCGGAGAUCCCAAUAUCCCAGCUGGCCAGCAGACGGUGGAGAUCGACCUGGCGCACCCCAUCCAGCUCCCUGACAUCGAGAACCUGUGCAACUUCAAUGAGCUCUCCCGCAUCGUCCUGGAGGUGCAGGAGCAGGUGCGCCGGGAGCAGCAGGAGGAGGAGGAGGAGGAAGGGCAGGACGAAGAGGAGGGCCGCUCCCGACAGGGUGACUCGCAGCAAGCAGAGCAGCCUGCGCAGAAGGACGAUGCUGGGGCUGAGGGGACUGAGGCGGCAGGGGCAGCAGCAGCCCAGGAGUCGGCGCCAACCUCGCAGCCUUUCGUGCUGCCCGUGGGAGUCAUAUCAAGGAACGAGGAUUAUCCCCGGACCUGCCGGAUGUGUUUUUAUGGCACGGGGCUCGUUGCUGGACAUGGCUUCACCAGCCCUGAACGAACGCCGGGCAUCUUCAUUCUCUUCGAUGACGAUCGUUUCGGGUUCAUCUGGCUGGAGCUGAAAUCCUUCAGAUUCUACAGCCGGAUCAAGGUCUCUUUCCAGAACGCCGAGGCGCCGUCCCGAGAGGCCUUCGAUGAAAUGCUCAAAAACAUUCAGUCGAUGACUACUUGACAGGCGGCCCCUGGUGGACAGAGGAGGGAUUGCAAAGAAGGCUUCUGCUCUCUCCUGCCAAGGACAGAACCCCGGCCUCUGGUACCUCUGAACAAAAGCAUGCACUUUUCAAUAAGGCCUUUUUGCCAAAAUCUACACAUCCCUGUUAGAAUAUAAACAGAAUCCCCACACUGCUCCCUGGCAGUACUUUCUAUAUAGUCUGCGACACAGCUCUGCAUAGUGGGAGGGAACCUACACAGGAGGGAAAUGAGCAUGCUCGCAUUUUUAAAAGAAUGUAUCAGAGCAAAAUUUCUUAGAAGCCAACGUUGAGGAACAUGUAAAUAAUCGACAUAGCAGAUAUAAUAUAUACAUGCUCUCUGCUCUAGCCAUAGGCGCAUCCCUACAGAAGGCAAAUCCUUCAGUGAAGUGUCAUGUUCAAUCUUUCCUGCAACCGGCCCAAUCUAAUAAUUUGAAGACUUGAUCACCCCCCAAAAACCCAACACCCCCACCUGCAAAUUUGCUGCCAAUUUAUUGCGUGGCUCAAAAGUGACUAAUAAUGUGUGUUUUGCCCCCCUCCAGGGCCCUUCCUCAUAAUGCAGCCUUGAUGGAAAAACAGACCCGAGGUAGCUCUGCCCUUGGUUUGGGAAUCAAAGUGGGAUUCAACAGUAAGAGGGGAUUUCCACUGCAAACAGCUCCACAGGUACCCUCGUGCUGUCUCCCAAAGCUCGCUGCUCCCAUGAGCUUCUUGGACUCUAGUCCGAAUCUGACUAGAAGCCAAGGGGGAAUCAUAGCUUCCUUUAUAGGGCCCCAGUCUGGAACGCCAGACAAAACCAGUUCAGAUUGGAGGAGAAUCUUAUGCAGUUUUAGCUCAUUUUAAGUGGAUCUUUUUAAAGACUUUUUUAAAGUUCUCCUUUUAAAGAACUAAAAAUCCUCUAAAUAUGGUGAACUUCUGACCUUCACCUCCGCACGCUUGCUGGAUGGCAGCCGCUGUGAAAUGUAAUUUCUGGCUAGGCCAGUGCCUGUGAUCUGGUAUUUCCCCCUGUGCAGCGUAAAUGAAGCAGUUAGGA